UAACUCAAUACUCAACCGACAACGAUUAUGAAACCGAAUAAACCAUCCAGUUUCUUGCAGAAUCUCAAGUGGCCUUUCAAAUCCCACUCUGGUAAAGAGUCACCGGAAGGAGAAGAUUUGGAGAAGCUCGCAGCACAGGAGCAGAAGCAAUUCUCUCUAGAAACCCUAAUUGCAGCAACCAGAGAUUUUCACUCCGACAAUAAGCUCGGGGAGGGUGGAUUCGGUCCUGUGUAUAAGGGUAAAUUGGUGGAUGGAAGAGAUAUUGCAGUGAAGAGGCUAUCGCACAGCUCAAAUCAAGGGAAGAAGGAGUUCGCGAACGAGGCUAAGCUACUGGCAAAGGUGCAGCAUAGGAACGUCGUGAACCUGUUGGGUUAUUGUGCCCACGAACCAGAGAAGCUUCUGGUCUACGAAUACGUCGCCAAUGAGAGCUUGGACAAACUUCUCUUCCAUGCAGGGAGGAGGGAAGAAUUGGAUUGGAAGAGAAGGUACGACGUGAUAGCAGGUGUGGCACGUGGAUUGCUAUAUCUGCAUGAAGACUCGCACAGCGUCAUAAUACACAGGGACAUCAAGGCCAGUAAUAUUCUUCUGGACGACAAGUGGGUCCCAAAGAUUGCGGACUUCGGUAUGGCCCGCCUCUACCCUGAGGAUGCGACCCACAUUAACACUCGUGUCGCAGGCACCAAUGGUUAUAUGGCACCGGAGUACUUGAUGCACGGACAGUUGUCGGUAAAGGCCGAUGUGUACAGCUAUGGUGUGGUGGUUUUAGAACUGAUCAGUGGCCAGAAGAACUCCACCUUCAACCGCGAUCCUGAUUGUCAGAACCUACUCGAUUGGGUAUGGAAGCAUUACAAGAAAGGUCGUAGUUUGGACAUCAUGCACCCAAUGUUAGCAUCAACUGCUGUGCCCGAACAAGUCACAAUGUGCAUACAAAUUGGAUUACUAUGCACACAAGGUGACCCUAAGUUACGACCAUCGAUGCGUCGAGUGGUGGUGAUGCUAUCAAAGAGACCCGGCACUACUCUUGAAGAGCCGAGCAGACCGGGCUAUCCUGGUUCUAGAUAUAGAAGAUCUCAUAGACCCCACGCCACCUCUUCAUCGGCGGCGGACGGUUCUUCCGGUGGUGGUGGUUCUUCCGAAGAUUUUUCCAAUACAUUUUCAUCAACGUCAUCCAUCAGAACAGCCACCACGUCUACUCCUACACGGGAGCCGAGCAGACUGGACAAUCCGGGUUCUAGACAUAGAAGAACUCACAGACCGCACGCUGCCUCUUCAUCGGCGGCCGGUUCUUCCAAUGGUGUUGGUUCAUCCAGAGAUUUCUCCUCCGACACAUUUCGAACGACAUCAACCACGAAAACAGACACCACAUCUCCUACCAGCCCGAAAUUACAUUCUUACGGGAAGCGUCCCAUGCAGCAAGAGUAGCCCUAACUUUUUGUGUAGAUUUUGCUACUUCUCUCCGUGUAUUAUAUAAGUCUAUGAGAGUAGGAUCAAUGCUUGUUUUGUCCAUUUUUAUUUUUCUUGUAAAUUUGAGUUCGCCAUAGGAAAAAUUAAUGAUAGUGGCCUUCAACUGUGAUUCUUUGAUUUGUGCU